CUCGAAUUAUCACUGCUGUUACUACUGCGCUGCUCCUCACCUCGAUACGUCCUGACGACGCCAAACCUCCUCUCGUCGGUGGCCCCGUGAAGCGUUCAGCCUGUUCCUUCUGUAGGACGGGUAAGGGAACAAUAUAAUCUCUCCUGUUUAAACUAUGUCUCGCUUUGUACGGCCGUCCAAAUAUCGUCACGUCUUCGGACAGACAGGGAAAAAGGAGUAUGGCAUCGAGAAUGUCAAAGUGUCCAACACUGCUUGGGAUACCAACCUAAUCUCGGCAUCAGGGCGAUACAUUAGCGUAAACUGGAAUGCAUCGGGAGGAGGAGCUUUUGCCAUCCUUCCCCUCCCCUCGCCUUUCCAGCCCAUUCCCAAUUUCCCGUACAAGCUCCCCGACAUCAUCCCCUUGGCACGCAGCCACACCGCUCCCGUCCUCGACACCGACUGGUCUCCCCACAAUGACUCCAUCGUCGCAUCCGGAGGUGAAGAUGGUAAAGCGAUGAUCUGGAAAGUCGAGUCUUCCGUGUUCGAAGGUUGGAACGAUGAGGGUUGGCAGCCCCAGGACUUUGAUCCCGUCGCUCGGCUCGAUGUAUCACCACGCAAGGUCGGACAGGUUCUGUUCCACCCAACCGCUGAGAAUGUCCUUGCGACUGCUUCCGCAGAGCACACCGUGAAGCUCUGGGAUCUCGCGAACCCCGAAAGUGCCAAGUCAGUCCUCUCCGGGCACGGCGACGCGAUUCAGAGCAUGGCGUUCAACCCGGCUGGGACAGUACUGGUAACAACCUGCAGGGAUCGUAAGAUCAGAAUAUUCGAUCCACGAGCUGGAGGUGAGGCAGUCAGAGUCACGGACGGGCACAGUGGCAUCAAAGGUGCACGCGUUGUAUGGAUGGGCGAGCACAACAAUAUUGCUACGACUGGAUUCAGCAAGAUGAGCGACCGUCAACUGAGCGUUUGGGAGACUGGAGGGUUGAGCAAUGUCAAGACCAUGACUAUUGAUCAAUCUGCUGGUAUCAUAAUGCCGUUCUGGAGUGACAACAACAUCCUAUUCCUUGCUGGCAAGGGUGAUGGUAACAUCCGCUACUACGAGUGGGAGUCCGAGACAUUGUAUCCUCUCGCGGAGCACAAGUCGAACGAGCCACAGCGUGGAAUGUGCUUCCUGCCCCGAAGAGCGCUAAAUGUGUUCGACUGCGAGAUUGCUCGUGCCUAUAAGAUCUCCGGGUCGUACAUCGAACCCAUCGCAUUCAUUGUCCCCCGCAAGUCCGACUCCUUCCAGUCCGACAUAUUCCCUCCCGCACCUUCCGCAGAACCCGCCCUUAGUGCCGCUGAGUUCUUCUCCGGCAAGACCGCCUCUCCAAAACUUGUCAACCUCGAGAACGGCGUCACUUCCUCUGGUUCAUACACCCCGGCCUCGCUCUCGACUCCCGCACCGACUAAGACUGCAUCGGCUCCUGCACCCAGCCCAGUGGCUGCCCCUUCACCUAUUCCCGUGUCUACGCCUGCAGCAGCUCCAGCCCCUAUCAGCCCUGUUGCGCCCAAGGCGGAACCACGAGCUACACCUGUUACCCCUUCCCAAUCCCAGCCCACGUUCGACUCUGGAAACGGCAAUGCCCUUCUGCAAGAAGAAAACGCGCGCCUGACCUUAGAGCUGCGGGACGCGCGAGAGAAGAUCAGGAAUCUCGAGCUUCAAGUGGAGUCUAUCCGGGCUAACGCGCGCAAAGCAGCUCAAGCCUUAUUGGAUGAAUAGAGCGACCUGCAUAAUGUUCCAUAAUACAAAGAUUGUAGGUAUCGGGGGAUGACAUUUAUACCAUUGGGACUGCUUAAUGCUCUGGGUGCCAACUCAGGAAGGUACGGACCGGGAGACUAUCAUGAUUGUCAGAUUAUGAACAAGGUCGGCGCAUAGGCUACUAUCAUUUGGGUAGUUUUGCAAAACUCUGUAAAUCGACGUGUUGCGCUCAGCUCGCUAGAUCUAGAGUCGGAAUUUUUGCGUGGCAUCGUGUAGCACCCUCCUAUGUACCCUACAGUGAUUUCGUUGUAUUGUAAUACGAGGUGUAGGGGGUGCUAGAUAGAUGCCGGUUUGGUAGGGUUUGUCACCC